AAGCGCGCGUGUGAAUGUGUGCGUUUAUCAUUUAGCAUAUCCGUUUAUAAUUUCGGUCAUCCGCGGCGCUCAUAACGAAUCAGCAGAUGAAAGUGAUACCAGGCCAUGUCCUUGUGGAGUGCGUGUGUGCCGUAUGUUGUGCCGUUUCGUUGGUAAUCAAAUCUUGUCGGUUUUGCGAUAUCUGACAAUGUUGUAAGCCGCAUCAUUAUCGCUGUAUGACCGUGUUGCUGCUGUUGCCACAAACCGAAGCACAUUCACAGCUACUUUGCGUUGUCUGUUUGGCAUAAAUCCCAUGUCCAUAGCAUUGGGGAACUCAAAACGUUGUUGUUUUGCCGCCACACACACACAGCCGUUUGGACAGCGCAUAUUGCAUUGCAAAGAGUGGAUGUCGUCAUCAUUGUAUUGCAGUUGGAGAGCUUCGUGUGUUUAGCAACGUGAAAUGUACAAUACCUGGUUAGUCAUCGCAUCAAUUACAUUCGUCGGAUGCUUAUGGAAUUCGCAACUAACUGAAACAUCAUCGAAAUCAUGCCCAACUGAAUGCAUCUGCUUAUCCCAGACACAAGUGCUUUGUAAUACUGGCGGACUUGAGAAAAUUCCAUUACGACAGUUACCCGCCACCGUGGAAAAUCUUGCAUUGACCAAAAACAAUUUUCCGGUCAUAAAACCUGAUUCAUUUGCUGGUUUACGAGCAUUGAAGAAACUAUCGUUGGACGGCAACAACAUCACCAAAGUAAAACAGUUUGCAUUCCGAGGCUUGCCGCGUCUAAAGGAGCUCUCCAUUCAAUACACGCCCCUGCAGUCGGUGACAUCGUUUGCUUUUGCCGGCCUACAGAAUCUCUCCACCAUAUUGCUGAGCCACAAUCAAAUAUCGCGCAUUGAGACCCAUGCCUUUGCCGGCACCUCCAAUGUCAAGUUGAUAUUGCUGAGCAACAAUCCCCUAAUUAAAAUCGACACCUCGGCCUUUUCGAGCCUGACGAAUGUGGGCCAUGUGAUAUUCCCUUCGGGCAUACGCACCAUAGAACCGGACGCCUUCAACGGCAUGGACACAGUGGGCUUGCUGAAGUUGGCCUACAUGGAUCUGAAGGAGGUGCAGCCAUUCACAUUUCGAGGAUUGACAAAUGUGCUGCUGCUGACGCUGCAGGAAUCUGACUUGGGCAUUAUCUGCACAGAUGCCUUCACCGGGCUCUCGCAGGUAGAGACCCUGCAAAUACUGAACAAUAAAAUUGAUUCCAUCGAGGAACUGAACUUCACCUACACCGCCAAUAUCAAACACCUGAAGAUGCACGGCAAUCACAUACUCGAAACGCCGGAUCCCAAUGCCAUCAUUGUCGAUGGUGUUGAACACCUGCAGCUGGUGAAUAACCAUUUUCCCUGCGGCUGUCACAUACACACCCUGCUGGAUGGGCCGCUGGUCGAGGGUGCCCACAAUCUGAGUGAAUUCCUUCAAAAGAACUUCUGCAUAUCACCGCUGGACGUCAAUGGGCGUUCCAUGAUCGAGCUAGACAUUGAUGCCAUUGGACGGUGUCAGGACCAGCUGACCAAGGGCAAUUUGGGUUCCUCUGCAUCAUCCAUGGCCCUUAGCCUGUGCACGCUGGUACUGAUAUCGCUUACAACCAAUCACUUUGUUAAAUAUCUGGUGUUCUUAUUGGUUCUGGGGUCCAUGACAGUGCCCCAUGACACAUACAGUUGAAUGUGAUGACGUCGUUCUGCAGGCUAGCCCCCCCGCACAGGAAAUGUACUACCCAUAAUUAGUCUGAAAUCUCUCUAAGAAUUAAACAUAUGUGAAACGAGUAUCUUGUAGUAGUUUUGUAUAACGAUAUAAAUCCUAGCUAGUCGUAAGUAGUUCCUAGCUACAUACAUAUGCAUACAUGCAAACAUACAUACU